CGGUUAAUGUCGUAGAAUCCGAGCUUUCCCACAGGUCUUGAACGCAGCGUACAUGUUUGACAGCCAAUGGCGGGGGGCGGGGUCCCGUGACGUCAGGGGGUGGAAGAAAACAGCAGAGCAGGAAUCAAAACAAGAGACGGACACGCCUUCGCUCUUAAAGGUUAUAGCAGCUUAUUCGUUAUAACCGCUGCUGUCAGGGCUUUUACACAAACCCUGUCUGUCGUCCACGAGGAGAGUAACUACAACAACACAAAGAGAAAACACUGCAAAAGACACCAGAGCCCGCUGCAGAAAUGGAGUCCACAGAAAUGUCAGACAGCGUUGACAGCAGCCGCUGAUAGAGGUCGAAAAUAACACUGACAUCCGAAUCCUGUAAAAUGCCCAACCAGAAGAACAACAAGGGAAAGAAAAGCAAACGCACUAACAGUAGCGGAGAUGAGCAGGAAAAUGGAGCCUGUGCGGCCGCAACAGGAGGCGCGGCCGCGGCGGCUGCACCCAGAAACGAGCGCUCAAGUGAGGUCCAGUGUGCGACUCCUCUCGGCUGCAGCCUCAGCCGAGCCAUCGACCUGGAGAAGGACGACUACCAGCGGGUGCUCUGCAACAACGAGCUCUGCCCGUACGGCAACUGGAUGCACCUGCAGUGUUUCUACGAGUGGGAGAGCUCCAUCCUCGUCCAGUUCAACUGCAUCGGCCGCGCGCGGUCCUGGAACGAGAAGCAGUGCCGGCAGAACAUGUGGACCAAGAAGGGCUACGACCUGGCCUUCAGGUUCUGCUCCUGCCGCUGCGGCCAGGGUCACCUGAAGAAAGACACCGACUGGUACCAGGUGAAGCGCAUGCAGGACGAGCGCAAGAAGAAGCCGUCUGAGAGGAGCGCAGGCAGGACUGGGGCCAGUGGGGGGGCUGCAGGGUCAGGGGAUGGGCCUUUUGAGGAGCCUAAGAAAAGUAAGCCAGCUGGAGGAGCAGUUGGAGGAGGUAAACUAUCCCACAGAGCCUCUAGUCAGGAGUUACCUCGUAGACAAUCAGUGGACCGACAGAACUCUACAGAGAGAGGAGCAGCAGCAGCAGUGGGGGGAGGACAUGCUGCAGGAGGGCCCUUCCCUCUGGGGCCUCCUCAGAAAUCUCCAUGUGACUCCCCGGGACAAUCUCCUCCGACUGGCUUCUCCUUCUCCCCCACUGCUGCUCUCGGAUCAGGAGGCGGAGGAGCAGGUCUGCGGGGGUCCCGUCAGCUGGGAGAGUUCUUCAAAUCGGCCGUCCACAUGGACCCGCAGAGGAAACACCUCCUGGUCGGGGGAGGCCUCAGCAGGGGGAGCGGGGGCGGCUGCUCGAUGGGAGCCUCCGUCGGCAUUGGCGGGGGAGCCGGCGGCCCUCACCUCGACCCCAGCUCCGUUCUCCCCCUGCAGCUGUCCUUCGCCCUCCCGCUCCACCACCGCCUCACCUCCGGCGGCGUGGGCGACGGCACCCACCCUCACCCGGUGCAGUUCCUGAGGAGGCUGGACCUCUCAGAGCUCCUCACCCACAUCCCUCGACACAAACUGAACACCUACCACGUCCGCAUGGAGGACGAUGCUCAGGCAGGCCAGGGGGAAGAGCUGCGCAGGUUCAUCCUGUCGGCCCUCAGUGCGAGCCAGAGAAACGUGGUCAACUGCGCGCUGUGCCACCGGGCGCUGCCUGUGUUUGAACAGUUCCCGUUGGUGGACGGGACUCUGUUCCUCAGCCCCUCACGCCACGAUGAGAUUGAGUACGACGUCCCCUGUCACCUUCAAGGCAGGUUGAUGCACCUGUACGCCAUCUGUGUGGACUGUUUAGAAGGCGUCCACAAGAUCGUCUGCAUCAAGUGCAAGUCACGCUGGGACGGGAGCUGGCACCAACUGGGCACCAUGUACACCUAUGAUAUACUUGCUGCUUCGCCGUGUUGCCAGUGGGUUGCAGUGUUGCCUCACAGAGAGAAGGUUCACCCGGUGCCUUUCUGUGUGGAGUUUGCCUGUGUGGGUUCUCUCUGGCUUCCUCCAUCCAUCCAUCCAUCCAUCCAUCCAUCCAUCCAUCCAUCCAUCCAUCCAUCCAUCCGUUUUCUUCUGCUUACCUGAGGCCGAGACGCGGUGACAGCAGGCUGAGCAGAGUAUUCCAGGCGUCCCUUCUCCCCAGCAACACUUUCCAGCUCCUCCUGGGGGAUCCUGAGGUGUUCCCAGGCCAUAACGGGAUGUAUAAUCCCUCCAGUGGCUCUGCUCCGAGCCUCCCCCACACGUCUGAGCUCCUCACCUCAUCUUUAAGGCUGAGCCCCGCCACCUUACGGAGGAAACUGAUUUCAGCCGUUUGUAUCUGCAAUCUCGCUCUUACCCACAGUUCAUGACCACAGGUGAGGGUUGGAACGUAGAUCUGGUAAAUCAAGAGCUUUGCCUUCCGACUCAGCUCCCUCUUCACCACAGUGGUCUGCAUUACUGCUGACGCUGCACCAAUCCACCUGCCAAUCUCCCGCUCCAUCACAAGACAGCAACACCCAGAGGUACCUGAACUCCUUCACAUGGGCCAUUGUUUGCCUCUAUAUGUCAGCUCUGCGAUGGACUGGCGAUCUGUCCAGGGUGUACCCUGCCUCUCGCCCUGGGAUUGGCUCCAGCCCUUCCUCUCCCAUGGCCCUUUAAGGAUGAGUGGUAUAGAUAAUGGUUGGAUGGAUGGAUGGAUAGAAGCACAAAGGAGCAGCAAAUGGAAAUACUUCACUAAAGCACCUCAACACUGCACUGACGCACAGCACUUAUGUCAAACGUACUUAGUUACUUUCUACCACUGCAGAAAGCUCAUGUUCAUUCAGUCCCCUGUAGAAGACUGUGGGAUGUUGCUGAAAAGCUUGUUUGAGUUGAGAUUAUUUCAUCACACAUACUGUUCUCAAGGUCAAGAGUGAACUUCCCUCUCUUCCUCUGUGUG